AGGCUAGGUAGGGAUACAGACUUCAGGCACAUGCAGGCUCCUUGCAUGCAGGCACGGAUGCAGGCGCAUGCUGCUUUCACACACUGAAACUGAAGUCAGGCAAGGAGGUAAUAAGUGAAGACAGCAAUAGUCCUGCUGAUAAAGAGCCUCCAACAGAAGGCACUAAAGGUAGAGCUCUUCCACCACCGUUUAUAAUAAUCCAUCAGGAAAAGCAUCACAGCCAUGAAUGGGCCAGUGGAUGGUUUAUGUGAUUACACGCUUGAUGAUGAAGGAGCUUUCAUGUUCACAUCGGAGUCCGUGGGAGAAGGACAUCCAGAUAAAAUCUGUGAUCAAAUCAGUGAUGCUGUACUAGACGCCCAUCUCAAACAGGACCCGAAUGCCAAGGUUGCCUGUGAGACAGUGUGUAAGACAGGAAUGGUGUUGCUCUGUGGGGAGAUCACUUCUCGUGCUAUUGUGGAUUAUCAGCGAGUUGUCCGAGAUGCAAUUAGACAUAUUGGCUAUGAUGAUUCAGCUAAAGGCUUUGACUACAAGACUUGUAAUGUUUUAGUGGCACUGGAACAGCAGUCACCUGAUAUUGCCCAAGGUGUUCAUCUACACAGGAAUGAAGAGGAUGUUGGUGCUGGAGAUCAGGGUUUGAUGUUUGGUUAUGCAACAGAUGAGACAGAAGAAUGUAUGCCUCUAACAAUUAUUCUUGCUCAUAAACUGAACGCCAGGUUAGCAGAGCUGAGGCGUAGUGGAGAACUCCCUUGGCUGAGGCCCGACUCUAAGACACAGGUGACGGUUCAGUACAUCCAGAAGAACGGCGCGGUGAUCCCCGUGCGUGUUCACACCAUUGUGAUCUCUGUGCAGCACGAUGAGACCAUUUCUCUGGAGAACAUGCGCAGGACCCUGAAGGAACGUGUGAUCCAAGUCGUUGUCCCUCCAAAAUACUUGGAUGACAAAACUGUUUAUCACCUUCAGCCUAGCGGACGUUUUGUUAUUGGAGGGCCUCAGGGUGAUGCUGGUGUCACCGGGAGGAAGAUCAUCGUGGACACCUACGGCGGCUGGGGCGCGCACGGCGGCGGGGCCUUCUCUGGCAAAGACUACACCAAGGUGGACAGGUCGGCCGCCUACGCAGCGCGCUGGGUGGCCAAGUCUCUGGUGAAAGCUGGGCUCUGUCGCCGUGUUCUGGUUCAGGUUUCUUAUGCUAUUGGAGUCGCUCAUCCACUGUCUAUUUCACUGUUCACUUACGGAACUUCCCAAAAAACAGAGAAAGAGCUCCUGGACAUUGUGCACAAAAACUUUGAUCUUCGGCCUGGAGUCAUUGUCAGGGAUCUGGAUCUAAAAAAGCCCAUUUACCAAAAGACUGCAUGUUAUGGUCACUUUGGAAGACAGGAAUUCUCAUGGGAAGUACCUAAAAAACUCGUCUUUUGACAUUAGUGACACGUCACCUUUAAAAAACAGAAAGGAAGACCACUAAUGAUGAGGAUGCUUCUGAAAAUCAAAUUUGACCGCUUUAUAUUCGACAUAAGGAAUUUUAGAUUUUAAAUGGAAAGAAAGGAAAGGUUAUUUUCUUGGAAAUUGAUUUUUUUAACCUUCAGUGUCUUUCAUUAUCUAAGAUAUAAUGGACAGAGUCUGUUUUUUUUAAUCAGCAUAAGACAACAAAAUACAGUUUACUUUUAACUGCUGCUCUGUUGGUUCUUUGGAUAAAGACAAAGUGUGACUCAGGUACUCAAACCAAAAAAAGCUGAACCUCAAACCUUUGAUGGGCAAAGGUGAAGAUGACUUUCCCAACUGACUAAAGAUCAGCAGAUCUGUUGCUUCUAAUUAGACAAUGGGAAAUUCUGGGGUCCAAUUUCCUUACUGGAGCUAGCAAUGCAUACAGCUGGGGGCUGCUUUGAUGGGAGAAGGCUGAAUAUCACCUAACAGUAUCUUGGCCUCUUUUAUAAAAGUUGUUAACAUAUAUAUAGUAUUUAAAUCACCUUCAGUGCUUAUGUGCUGUUACUGUUGUGUUUCAAUUGCCUGCGUUUUUGAAACAUAAGUGCUCUCCUAUGAAACAACAAUCAUAGAAUAAAAAGCUUUUUCCUAUCAUGUAUGUAACAGUGUAUCUUUUUCUAUGUUUUUUUAAUGCUGCUGUAAAAUGGUCCAUCUCAACUCAGCUGUUUCUACUCUUGUAGGAAUUUAGUUUACCAACAUAACUGAAUUUGAUUAGAUUUUGAAAUGGUUAUGUGAUUUUCCCUGUUAAUACGUGUAUGAUCACUCUUUAGUCCUUGUGAUUAACGGAAAUUCAGUGAAAAAGUAUUUGAUUUUUAUUUGUAACUCUUCGGUUUGUGCUAUACUGUAUUUUUUUUCAUCAUUUUUGCUCCCAAGCAUCAGGUUUAUCGCUUUCUAUGUUGGAUAUAAGUUGGGAAUAAAAUGCA